AAUGAGUGCAUCACGUGAAGGCCGAAAAACACAGAUAAGGAUUCCCACUUUGGCUACUUAUGUUGCUUUAUCUACCAUAUUGAUGCAACAAAUCACUCCUACUACACUCCACGACGCGAAAUAUAACAAUAUACAAGGCUGACAUCAUGUUGCUAUUGGUGCAAUCGAGGCGCCAGUCGCCUCCCCUCAGCCACCAUCAACAAAGUUCUAAUAAUGACCAAGAUAAUGAAGGUUGUGGGAGUUAUAGGAGGUGGUGCCGCAGGGCUGUGUGCCGCCCGCCACAUCCUGGCCACGGGUGACAUGCUGCCAGUUGUGUGGGAAAAAGCAACAAAGGUUGGAGGGACUUGGGUGUACUCCCCUCAGUCGGGAACCGAUGAACACGGUCUGCCCAUUCAUUCUAGCAUGUAUAAAAACCUCAAGACAAAUCUACCGAAGGAGGUAAUGGCUUUUCCUGAUUAUCCCUUUCAAUCUAGCGACUCUUCAUUUAUACAUCACACUGAAGUUCUCAAGUACUUGGAAAGUUAUGCAGAACAUCACAAGCUUUAUCCUUACAUCAAGUUUGGCCAUUAUGUGGAAGAAGUAAAGCCUGUGAUGAAGGGUGAAGGACCUCCAGCCUGGGAUGUGCGUGUAAGAUGCCUAGAAUCGGAGGAGAUAACUACUACCACUGUUGAUGCAAUUUUUGUCUGUAACGGACAUUACUCUGUCCCACGUUUACCACAAAUCGAAGACAUUGAGAAGUUCAAGGGCCGCCAGAGUCAUAGCCAUGACUACCGGGAGCCAUCUUCAUACAAAGGAGCAACUGUAGUGAUAUUAGGGGCUGCAGCAUCUGGCUUGGAUAUUGCAAUAGAGCUUUCUACAGUGGCAAAAGAGGUGAUACUGUCACACAACCUUCCAACACCAGUACCAUCAGAGUUGCCACCCAAUGUUCGUCAAGUUCGUGGUGUGGUGUCUGCCUUGGAAAAUGGUUUUGUGUUUGGAGAUGGGUCCUCUGCUGAGGCUGAUGUUAUCGUGUAUUGUACUGGAUAUACGUUUUCAUUCCCAUUUUUGUCAAAGGAGUGUGGCAUUACUGUGGAAGACAAUAUUGUCAAGCCCCUGUACAAGCACCUCAUCAACACUAAGUAUACCUCCAUGGCAUUCAUUGGCAUACCUUUCCUGGUCUGCCCUUUUCCUCUGUUUGAUUUCCAGGUACAGUAUUAUUUAAAGGUAUAUACAGGCGCUAUAAGUCUACCUUGUGAGAAGGAAAUGAAUGAAAGCAUCAUUCGUGAACUUGAAGAGCAUAUCAGCAAAGGCUUGAACAUUAAGCAUUUCCAUAAAAUUGGUAAAAUGCAAUGGCAGUACACUCAAAAUUUAGCCGAAUUGGCAGACUUACCAGUUCUUCCACAGGCUGUGAGAGAGUUGUAUGAUGCUGUGCAUGCAAGCAGAAUACUUUCACUUAUGACUUAUAAAAGAACUAGUUAUAAAAUUACAGGCGAAGACACUUGGGUUCAAGUUAUGUAAACUGUUGUCGAAUCAUUGGAGGCCAACACAAAAAAGUUAGACUUACAUUUGUUUAAGAGUUGGCAAGAUCAUGGAGUAGGAUUUUUGUUAGCAUAUAUGAGCAGAUUGUGUUGAUGCCUUUAUAUCCUGUUUAUAACAAUCAUUUGUGUAUACUGUAUAGUGACACAUGCAGGAUAAUAGAAUACUUCCACACUUGUGGGCUGCCACUGUCACUAUGCCCUCUGUCAACCUCAUUCUUCCUCUAGAAACCAUAAACUAUUAAUUACACACAGAGAUCACACUAAUGUGAUGCAUCAAAUGAACAAAUCCACAAGGGCCGUGACGCAGGUUCGAAUCCUCGUCACGGCCCUUGUGGAUUUGUUCAUAAACUAUUAAUGAUUCAAUAGGCUUUCCGGAAAGAGAGCCUAGAAGGGGGUAAAGCUAAGUCAGAUCACGCUUGUUAAGGUCAGAUCAUUUAACUACUGGAUUGUAUUUAAGUAUUUAAAUGCUCUGACCAACAAACAUGAUCUAACUUACCUUUGCCCCUUCUAAGCUUUUUUUUCCUUUGACUCUUUCAUUAUAAGAUCAUUUUUUCUCUUAACCACUUGGCUUCUAACCAUAGUUUUUUUCAUUUUUUUACCUUAUUAUUUUUCUAACUUUUUUUUAUACCUUUUCAUAUUCUUCCUUUUUCCCCCCCUUCUAACUUUUCCUUUAUUUUACCCGAUUCUCUUUUUUUCUUCUGCAUGUUUUGUUCACCAUAAUGAACCACUAAGGUGGUACGACAAGUCCAGACAAUAGCAGGUUGCCACACAGAGUCGGCAGAUGACGCUACCGCCCUCCCUCACUUUACUCCUCCCAACCAUACUAUGCACAGCACUAAUUAUCACCACAAUCCUGCAAUUAUCAGAAUCCUGGUAAUUUUUAUCACAGUCUGGGGUCUUCUGUAAUACUAUCAUCGCUAAAUAAUAGCAGUUACAUACAGUAUAUAUUUUGACAUUUUUAGGCAAUGCUGUGUUCAAAAGCAAAACAGCAGUGAUGUUAGCUCAUGCUGCAUGCACCAGCCUUGGUUGCUCAUUCAGUACCGAGUCUCUCAAACCUGGGAAUGCUACCCACGAUUUUUUUUUCAAAUGGCAUCUGUUAACUAGAGCCCUGAGGAAGCUGAUGUCAACCCCGUGUAGCCGCGGGACAUUUAAAUCAUGCGCGGGACAUUUAAAUCAUGCGCGGCACCCUCAAUUGCAUACUGUAUAUAUGAUGUGCGCAGUUCAGCGACAUUUACUCAAAUUGUAUAUAUUCAAUUUGUGCAGUUUAAGGAUUAAAUUGGCUCAAUCGAUAAUUGUCUCAGAUAAUACAGUAGAUCAGUUACAAUGUACACAAUCCGUCUCACACACACUUAUUUACCAAUUAGGUGCAAACAUUUCCAUACUAAAUAUGAUCUCUUAAUACUGUGCAUGUACAGUAUCUGCAACUUUUGUGUUCUUACCUCUGUGUGCUUAACAAAGCCUUUUCUCUUGGGACCUGCCUCUUUACUUUUGGGUAUCUGGUGCAAUCUAUAUGUUUAGUAUGCAUCAAGUCUUUUUACCAUUCUUAUACGAGGGAUAAAGGUAGCCCACAGGCAGGGAAGUACGUGCAUCCAAUAUUCAACAUAGAUACAAAGUGAUAUUAAAAAUUUUUAAAUUAUAUAUACAGUAUAUAUAUAUAAUUAUAUAUACAGUAUGUAUAAUUAUAUACAGAGUUUAUUUAUUCAGUAUGUAUUAAAAUACAUGUUCCUUCAGGACUACAGGGAUAGCCAAGAUGUGAAUGUAAGUAUAGGUUAUAAAUUGCAAAAAAUGUGAUUGUUUUCUAAAGAGUUUACAUUAUGGGUAAAUGACAAAGAUCCAGUGAUAAGCUAUGAUGUGUAAUUAGAUAAUUUUUGUUAUAAUCGGUAAAUGGGGCACACAGUUAGAAAUCUGGAUUAUUGUAAAUAGUAGAGUUAUACUUAAGCAUAAUUGAGAAUGUUGCUAAAACUUGUCUUACACUUGGUCAAAACUGGCUUUACACUUCCUAAGAAUGAAGGACAUUCAUUGUGAAGAAAAUUAAAGACCCAGUAAAUGAUUUUUCUGUGAUAAAAGUGCUAGUAAAGAUGUUUGAUUGAAUGUCUUCAGUACUGAUAAUUAAAGCACUGGUGAAAUAGAGACCAACUGUUGAUAAAAUGUGGUAACUCAAUGAGAGAUUAAUAUUUUACUUGAGGAUGAGCAAGUUGAAAAAUUUUUUGAAAGGAAGAAUUGGUAAGAAUUACAAAAAUUUAAUUCAGUUGAGGAACAUUUAUAUGUUUGAUUGCAAAAGGUGGCUAGAGUAAAUUAUCUGACUGUGGAAGCAGUAGUAGUACUGUACUGACUGUGGAAGCAGUAGUAGUACUGUACUGCAGAUAUGAAAACCAAUCAACAAAACAAAAAAAAUGCAUCACAUAAGCACAAUUGGGGACAAUGAAUAUAAAUUUUUAUGCAGGUUCAGUACUUCAUGGCAGUGAUGAAAGGAGUGAUUACUCUGCUGUCCCGCGAGGAAAUGGAUGAUGCCACACUGUCAGAGCUCCAUCGGCGUCGCCGUCUCGGUUACACUGAUAGACAUUUCCAUAGGUUAGGACUAGAGAGGCAGCAAAACUUCACAGAUGAGGUGUCGGCACUAAUUGGAAU